AGUCGGUCACUCGGUCGACGCAUUGCCCAUGCCCAUGCCCACUCGCUUAGGGUUUAAGGGCUUUUGUUAUCCCCGUCUGUCGCCCGACACGAAGAAAACCCGUCCGAGAUCAAAGAUGGCGUCGCUCUGUAGGUCCGCCGCCAUGGCCGCCGCGAGGUCCAUCGCGGUCCGCUCCAAAAACCUACUCCCGAAGCCCGCGCCAUCUCGAAGAGCCGCCCCUAUCGUUCGGAGGUCGAUCGCACCGGCGCUGGGAAGUGUCGAGUCGCUGAUGCCGCUUCACAGCACCAUCGCCUCCGCCCGUCUCAAGUCUUUCAUCGCGGUUGAUUCCUCCUGUUGGAGUUGGCUCUCCCAAGGACGUGCUUUACCCUUGUGACCAAGGUGUGAUGGCUUUAUGCUAUGUGGAGUAGUAGAUUCAUAGGGCUUCUCUAUUCCGAAGACAAUAACAUACUAGCUUAUAAAACUUGAAUUGUACCAAGUGGCUGGACAUUCUCUUUUUUAGCCUUAGCGUCUUGGCUUUUUAAUUUUUGGAACUUAUUGAGAAAACAUUUCUUGUUUGAUGGGCUUUUAACAUCAACUGGUGCCUCCUAGGGCACACAUGUCAUAUCGUUCACCAUGUACUUUAGACAAGAAAAUUUGGCAUCUGAUGCAGCUAGGUCAAUUGUUUCCUUUUGCAA